AUGCUAAUGAUUCAACUUCGAAUCCGAUUUCCAUUAUUUGCGAAGCUUGCUCCAUUUGCAGUUCUCAGUGUUUAUUCAAAUCGAAAAGAUAAAUUAUGUAAAGCCAUUCUGACAACAUUGUUUGAUUUAAAUAAUAUUUCUACAAGUUCACUUAAUCUUCCUAGUUUAAUAGACAAUAUAAAUUCUGAAGAGUUGAAUGAACCGCUACCAUCAUUAUUGUUAAAAGCACAAAAAGAUAUUAUUGAUUUGGUAGGCAUUUCCAGUGUUGGAUCAAAAUCUCAAAAAGUGAAUAAAGAUCAUUGUAAAAUGUUAAAUGAAUUAGUCAGAACAUAUUAG